ACCCAAAAUGCGUUUGGGGAAAACCAGGCGGGCAAUAGGAAAAGUAAACCAUGCGAAAGCUAGUGCCUUGACGUUGGAUUGUUUUACAUAUUUUACUGUUUUGUGUUGUUUUGAAACAUCGGUACUAGGAGUAUACAAGUGUAGCUUUAACUUCUUUUAGCGGCUCUGUUGUGUUUUGAGAUAACGUUAGUUAGCAGUGGCCCUCACGCGCGGAUCUCUCCAUGCUAACUAGUAACUAGCUCGUUAGCCAAGAUGCCGUUUCUCUUCUAGCGGCCUUACGUUUGGCUUAAAUGUUCUUCACCAGUUAUUGAAUGUUGAACUAUCUUCAAAAUGUCUGGCUUUAAUUUUGGAUCUACGGCCACAGGCGGAGGAUUCUCGUUUGGUCCUGCUGUUACCAGUGCACCUGCUGCUAGUACUACUAACUUUGGGACUGCUUUGGGUACAGCAGCAGCAGCUCCAGCUCCUACAACCAGCGCUCCUUCUUUAGGCCUUGGAGGUGGUCUCUUCGGUCAGAAACCUUCUGGAGGAUUGUCUUUUAAUCCACCUUCAACAAGUACCACGGCCACGACAGCUGUUGGUACUGGCUUUAGCCUUGCCUUCAACAAGCCGACCGCCUCAGCCACCCCGUUCUCCCUCACCACCCCUGCAACCACUUCUACGGCGGCUCCAGCUGGAGCAGGUCUGUCGUUUAGUUCCAUCCUGACCUCCACCGCUCCGCAGCAGCCCGCAGCCCCAGGUUUCAGCUUUGGUGCACCCACCACUGCAGCCGCAACUGUUCCAUCACUCGGGAGUAGUUUAUUCUCAAAUCCAGCCUCAACAGGAUUGGGACAGACCACACUGGGCGGAGCAGGACUACUCCUAGGUUCACUUUUACCUACCUCCACAGCAGCUCCAGCAGCACCUCCUGCAAGUAUAGGCCUUGGUGGGGUUGACUUCAGCACUUCAUCUGAAAAUAAGAAUGACACAUCCUCUGGGGUCAAUGCACAGGACAGUAAAGCUUUAAAAGAUGAGAAUCUGCCCCCACUUAUUUGUCAGGAUGUUGAGAAUUUUCAGAAAUUUGUAAAAGAACAGAAACAAGUUCAGGAAGACAUCAGUCGAAUGUCCUCCAAAGCCAUUACUAAAGUCCAGGAUGACAUAAAGAGCCUUAAACAGCUCCUGUCUGUCAGCUCCAGUGGUCUUCAGCGCCAGGCUUUGGCCAUUGACAAGUUAAAAUUAGAAACGGCACAGGAGUUAAAGAAUGCUGACAUAGCACUACGCACACAAAAAACUCCGCCUGGACUUCAACAUGAAAACACUGCUCCAUCUGAUUAUUUCCGUUGCCUGGUUGAACAGUUUGAGGUACAGUUGCAGCAGUAUCGACAACAAAUAGAAGAGUUGGAAAAUCAUUUGACGACACAAGGCAGUGGUUCUCACAUUACACCCCAGGACUUGUCCCUAGCUAUGCAAAAAUUAUAUCAGACAUUUGUCGCACAGGCUGCCCAACUGCAAAAUGUCCAUGAAAAUGUGAAGGUCUUAAAGCAUCAGUAUCUUUCCUACCGACGGGCUUUCCUGGAAGACUCCACUGAUGUUUUUGAGUCCAAACGUGCAUCCAACAGGAAGUGGCAGAACGCUCCACGAGUGACCACAGGCCCCGCCCCUUUCUCCAGUGUCCCUAACGCCGCAGCGGUUGCCAUGGCCGCCACACUGACGCAGCAACAGCAGCCAACUCCAGGAACCCAGGCCACGUUGGGGGCAGGGUUUGGAAACCCCUUUGCCUCAGCAGUGGGCACUAGUCUGGGCUCCUCCACCCUGGGAGGUUUUGGUGGUGGGCCAGGAUUUGGUGGGGUGGGGUCUGGGGGCUCUUCUUUUUCCUUCUCGGCCAGUAAACCCACAGGAGGCAGUCUGAGUGCAGGUUUUGGCAGCAGCAGCACAGGCUUUAACUUCAGUAACCCUGGUCUCAACCCGUCCGCGGGCCUGACGUUCGGCGUGUCCAACCAACCUGCCACCGCCUUCGGCACAGCCCCACCUACGCUCCAGCUCAAGAAACCUCCUCCUGGAAAUAAAAGGGGCAAGAGAUAGAAACCAGAAGUCUAGUCCUUUGAGUAACCAGCUUCGCCUUGGAUCAUUGUGGCUAAAGCUUGACUUGCCAAAGCAUUUUAAAGUCCCAUAUUAUGCUGUUUCGGAUCUGUUAUAAUGUUGUUUCCUCAUUAAAAACAUACCUGGAGUUGCGUUUUGCUCAUAUUAGUCCAUUUGGUGUAAUAUGGGACCUUAAAUACCUUUAUAACAUGGCAAAUUUACAAUGUUUUAAAGAAGACAUGGCCUCUCAUCGGAUGAGUUUGGACCCACUAAGACGUUAUAGAAAUUGGGUUCAAGAAUAUUCAAUCAAUGAAAAAACACAAAUUUGUCUUAAAAGAUCCCCUUCAUAUUUGACAUUUCUAUAAACCUUUUAUCUGUUUACUAGAACUUACAUUUUUGACAGCAUAAUAAAAUGCAGUUUGGUUCAAACGUUACAUUAAAUAACUGAUUUGUUAAAUGAUGUAUACAAGCAAAGUGGGCCAUGAAGAUUAUUCUAUUUUGUACCAAUUCCCCAAAGUGUCUUGAAGCUAAACUUGUCAGAGUUUUUGUCCAGGAAAAGUUUCUGUUCAAGGGAAUAAACACUGAUGAAAUGGUCUCUGGCUCUGAGGAGCACGUCUCACCCCAGGUUGUCACUGAAACUUGAUGAUGGUGGGUUUAGGGGAAGCAAACAUUUUUAUUUUUGUUACUAAAAUAGAAGUGACCAGAGGUGGGUAAAACACACAGAAAGUAGUCCAAAUAAUCUAUGUAAGUUUCUUCAUAACUGAAUUGUUUUUGUCCCUUAAUGUUGUCCGUGUGUACUUGAGUAAAUGUUUCACAGCUCUAACUAGAUGUUCAGUAAAAUCUCAAAGGGUUUUCCUCAAGAUUCAACUUGCUCUAAUUUUACAAACGUCAGAUCAACUUUGCACUUCCCAGUGUAUGUAAAUGAGAUUGCUUGUGUGCACUGCACAGUAGGUCUGUGGUGUGUCUGUCAUGUUUCUUUUGACCAUUUAUUGUGGUCGAGGAUCAAUUGCUUUUUUCUUAAAAUGUAUUUUUCAGUUAUCAACAGCCUGCUGGUUGUUGGUUUGUUUGUAUUUUGUAACUGCAGCAAACAUGUUUGUGUGUUAAUAAAGUCUGUGGUUUUGCCUCUUAAAUG